UUAUUGCUAAAUAAUGGUUUCUGAGAUUUACUAUUUCAGUUUUGGAAAAUAUGUCAAAUCGUUAUGUGAUAAAUCAUACAUGUUUUGCAUGUUUUACUCUACACAUCAUAUACUUUAAUAUAUAACUGUUUUUAUUCUUCUAGAACUCAAUCAAGACUGAAGAUGUCAGUAACUGACACAGAUUUGUCAAGCUGUCCACUAGUGGUGGGAGAUGUCACCAGUGAAGUAAAAUUAGACAGACCAAGGGUGAUAUCGAAAAGUGGCCAUAGCAAUGUGAAGCUAGAUAAAGUAGAUGGUGUCUUUCUCCUAUACCUUCAAGAUUUGUGGACCACUGUGAUUGACAUGAAAUGGAGAUAUAAACUCAGCUUAUUUGCUGCUACUUUUCUGGUGACAUGGUGCUUUUUUGGAGUCAUUUACUUUGUCAUUGCAUAUGUCCAUGGAGACAUGAAAAAAGAACAAUUUUCCAACCACACACCCUGUGUAAUGAAUGUAGACUCCUUCACCGGAGCAUUCCUCUUCUCUAUGGAGUCUCAAACAACAAUUGGCUAUGGGUUCCGCUUCAUUACAGAAGAGUGCCCAUUUGCAAUUUUUCUUCUUGUUGUACAACUGGUUCUUACAACUUUAAUUGAAAUUUUCAUCACUGGCACUUUUCUGGCAAAAAUUGCACGACCAAAAAAGAGGGCUGAAACUAUCAAAUUCAGCAACAAGGCUGUAAUAACUAAACAUAAUGGAAAACUUUGCCUAGUUGUCCAAGUCGCAAAUAUGAGAAAAAGUCUUCUCAUACAAUGUCAACUUUAUGGUAAACUUCUUCACACAUAUGAGACCAAGGAAGGAGAAAAAAUCCUUCUUAAGCAAGCCAACAUGAACUUCCAUGUGGAUUCCUCCUCAGAGAGCCCAUUUUUAAUCUUGCCUUUGACAUUCUAUCAUGAACUUGAUGAGAACAGCCCAUUGAAGGAUCUUACUCCACAAAAUAUCAAAACUAAAGAAUUUGAACUUGUUGUUCUUUUAAAUGCAACAGUGGAGUCAACUAGUAGCGUCUGUCAGAGCAGAACAUCCUAUCUUCCUGAUGAAAUCUACUGGGGCUAUGAGUUUGUACCAGUUAUUUCUCUCUCUACAAGUGGGAAAUAUGUAGCUGAUUUUAGCAAUUUUGAUCAAAUUAGAAAAUGUUCUGUAGAACCUGUAUAUUAUAGUAAUUUUGAGAAGCAGCGAUUGGAAGAAUUGUAUAGACAAGAAGCUCUAAAGGAAAGAGAAAAACGAUCUACAAUGUUAAUACAAAGUAAUGUUUAACUGUUAGGAUUAGGCAGAGCAAUACAACUAUGAAAUAUACACAUUCUAAAAAAGGUCUGUGAAUAUGUUGGGUAUAUAAUGUGCUCUGUUAUUACAUGAUGGGUACAGGCAUUUUUUAACACAUUUAUUUAUGUGAAUUUAUAUUAUGUUAUCUAUGCACACUUACCUAUGAACAAGCCAAUAAGGAAAGAGCAAUUUAAUUUAUUUGAAGAAAAAGGAAAAUUAAAGGGACACUGAACCCAAUUUUUUGCCUUUCAUGAUUCAGAUAGAGCAUGCAAUUUUAAGCAACUUUCUAUUUUACUCCUAUUGUCAAUUUUUCUUCAUUCUCUUGCUAUCUUUAUUUGAAAGGCAAUAAUGUAAGUUUAGAAGCCGGCCCAUUUUUGGUUCACAACCUGGGUUUUCCUUGCUGAUUGGACAGCACCAAUAAACAAGUGCAAUCCAGAGUUCUAACCAAAAAAGGCUGCUUAGCUUUAUCAAAUAAACAUAGCAAGAGAACAAAGACAAAUUGAUAAUAGGAGUAAAUUAGAAAGUUGCUUAAAAUUGCAUGCUCCAUCUGAAGCAUUAAAGAAAAAAUUGGGGUUUAGCAUCCCUUUAAGCAAAAGCUAUAAACAUUAAUAUAUCAAGUAAAUAUGUGAAUAUAUCACGGCAAGUGCCAGCAAGCAGAAAGCAUUUUGUUUGUGUGUUCAGCAUGUUAGAGAAGUAUAUAUAUAUAUUUUUUGGUGCCAGCAUGUUGUGAAGGAGAUUGUAUGGACCACAUCCACUGCUUGGUACAAUUUUUUUUUUCACUGUGUGUGGGUGGUAACUACUCACUGUAUGUUUUGUACUGUAAGUCUUAUGUUUGUAUUUACAUUUUGUAUUAUAUUGACAUUUGUCUAAUGUUUUUGUGUGUGCAAGUCAAAACUCAGAAUAAAUGUUGUGCACAAUUAUGUGACUUAAAGGGACAUAAAACACCUCACAAUAGAUGUUUAUAAGUUAACACACUAGUAGAUUGUGAAUAUUCUUGGAAUGCAUUAACACAUUGUUUGCGGCAAUUGUUCUGCAGUAGCCAACGUUCACCGUUUGCCCUAUUUGGAAGAGCCAAUCAGGGCUUGUUACCAGAGUAGACAAGACUUGCCACAGUUAUGUUGUUAGUAAAGCUAGUAGUCUUUUGAAGUUCCUUAUCCGAUGACAUCUGCUGAGGCCAAUUACAGAGAUAUGUAGCAGGGUUAGCAUUGGGACAUCUGCAGUGUGCACUACCUAUUAUCACAAUACAAUAAAAGGGGCCAAAAUAAAUAAUUAAAGAAAGCAACGUUGGUUUAUAAUUCAUAAUUUAACAUUUUAUAUUACAGUCUUAGGGGCUGAUUUAACAAGGGCCGAAUGGCCCCUAAUCGCCCUGUUUCCGCUGCUCCUUAACUCGUCCGCUGCCUCUGAGGCUGUGGACAUUAAUCCGCCCAAUCGUAUACGAUCGGGUUGAUUGAAACCCCCUGCUAGUAGCCGAUUGGCCGCAAAUCUGCAGGGGGCAGCAUUGCACAAGAAGUUCACCAGAACUGCUUGUGCAAUGUUAAAUGCCGACAGUGAUGUCUGGCGGACAUGAUACGGUACAGCGUAUCAUGUCCACCAGAUAUUAAUAAAUCGGCCCCUAAUGUGUUUCAGAUCCCUUUUAAGAUGGUAUUUGAGUGUUAAGUACAUAAACAAUGUGGUAUGGUGUGGUAGGGUAAACUGAUAUCUAUGUUGCAUUUAUAUUUUUGCAUUAAUGUAUGAUUUAUUUUUAACCUUACCGCUGGGUCAUUACUUGGUAGCUAGCCCCUGUAUACAGAUAGAACUUGCAUAUUAGUCAUGAAUAGCAAAUUGUAAAUGUUUAGAAAGCAACAAACUGUUUUGUUUUUAUUUUUGCAAGCUGAAAUAAAUUUGAACAGAUCAGACUGUGGAACUAAACAUAAUAAUAAAUGGAUCUAUUUGAUAUUUCUAAACAACAUAUUGACAUCUACAAAAAGGAUCAAAUAUUCAGCACUAGAUAGACUGAUAACUCUGAAUGUUAUAUACAACUCUUCAAAAACAUUACCUAGAGCUAGAUUACAAGUGGAGAGCUAUAUAUAAUUUCCAUGAAAGUAAUAUAAGCGCUCUACUUUGUAAUACAGGCGCACGCUAAUGUGCUCUGGUAUUACAAGCCCACAUUAGCAUUGCUAGGAAGCAUUGCGCUCACUAGAGUUCGCUUCAAUAGGCUUCUAUGGAGUCUCGUUCUGACGCCGUCUGAGACGACAUCAGAACUUCAGCGCCAACUAAGCGGGUAAGUCGUGUAGCAAUGGGAGCAAGUAUAAAUAUAUAUGUAUAUAUAUGUAUAUGCUGAUAUACAUAUAUAUUUACGAGUUAAUAUGUGUAUAAACACAUAUUAACACCAAAAUAUAUAUGUAUAUAAGCAUAUACAUAUAUAUUUACAGGGAACACAAAGUUCCCAUUGACCACAACCCCCCACUCCCACCAACUUUAACCCAAAAAUACUGCCUAGUGCAGUAAUUUUAUUAAAAAAUAAAGAUGCUGCCAUCUUUAUUUUUUAAUAAACUACACUUGACAGUAUUUUUGGGGCAAUUGGUGCAGAUUUAUAAAAUAAACCAGAGAUCGGAUCUUUGGUUAAUUUUGUAAGCGCUAAUUACUACCUCGAGCUUGCGGUAGCAAUAACCAGCCACUUGUACUGGCUGGUUAAUUAAUUGCAAACUGGCAAAUUUAGAUAAUUUAGCGAUUCACUUGUAAUCUAGCCCAUAGAAUUUAAAAGUAUGUACUAUACAUAUAAUAAACAUUGUAUAGACUUAAUCAGAAAUAUCUUAUUGCCGGAAAGAUAAUUAUAUAAUUUAAAAUCACAUACUGUUAAGAUCAGUUAACAAAAGGCUGAUCUGCUGCUAGUAUUUAAAAAUAUAAAAGUAAAUUAUAAUCACUGUAAGAUUGUUUUUACAUGAAUAUAUAUUUUUCAAUAUUUUUGAUGUAAUUAUAUUUGCACACUUUUAUAUUUUGUUGUCAUUUGGUGGAGGAUUCACAUUUGAGUUUAACGUUUUAAUGUCAUAUUUUAUAUUUACAUAAACAAGUUGUAUAUACUUUUUAAAUCUUUUUAACAUUGUAAACUCAACUGCCACGAUAUAAUAAAUAUGUAAUAAAAUGUUCUGUGGUUUUUAAAUUAAAAUCAAUGAAAAUAUUCUUUUUAGCUAUUAUCAUAAAUACAUGUUAUUGAAGUGAGUUAAAAAUAAAAAAAAUAAAGUAUAUUUUUUUAAAAAUGGA